AUGGAUUACGAGCACUUCGGGCAAAGCUCCCACCAGCCUAGACAGCGCCGGAAGAGAGCUAGCAAACGGCGCCAGCGCAACAAACCUCCUGUUGCUGCGCGCCUAACGUUGGACCCUCAGCUGCGUGGCAACGUUGGUGUCUUAUCCCAGGAUCUCGCAAGCAACCUCUUCCCGCAGCAGGCCAUUCAGGGUGUUGCGACCAAUGACGGUGUGCUCUAUGUAGCUGUUUCCCCGCAUUCCCCGAGUUUCUCCUCCGUGGAAGAUCAGUCGUGGACGAUUCUGCCGGUGCGCAUCCAGACGACGGAGAGGCCACACGCUCCGAUAUCGCACUCGACUGUUCUCUUCCCCGAUUCAGCGGACUCCCUUCAGCCAUUCCUUCAGGCCCUGGGAAAAUUGGACUCAUCCCGUAACUCACUGCUGACACACCGGGCGGUGGAGAUCCGGAUCCUCGAUGUGACCCCCUUGCAUUUAGACACGAUAUUCGUAACGGUCGAGCGGCAUCUGCUCCGCAACCAUGAUGACGUCCAGAGUAAAUUUGGCGGUGGCUUCUCCGGAAAUGCGCAUGUGCCAAAUGGUGUUUGGGGCAAAGGCAAGGGUGCUGAUACGAAGAAGCUCUCCAAGAAGGCCGCGGCCGAUGCAGAACAACGGUUGACGGCGGCUGUGCGUGAGGCAUUGGGUGCCCAGCGUAUAGUCCAUGCUGGCGAUGUGCUUCCCCUUCCCUUGCCUCCCCACCCAAUCACCUACGCUCCCGCUCCACCAGCGCGGAUCUCAUUCUGUGAGCCAGUAUCACAGGGUCUAUUGAUGCCGAGCACCAAAGUCGUUCUCGUCCAAGCUCGUCCCCAGGGUCACCGUGCACCACAGACUUUCCCGCCGAGAUCUGCCCUCCUAAAGCAAGUAGCCGAAGAUGAGGCCGACGAUACCUCCAACGAACAAUUCUAUUCCGCCGCCGAGGACAAGCCUAGCGAGAGCGGAACUGAGAUGGAAACUACCUCUGCGGCCGAGGAAUCUGAGACAGAAGGCUCGGUUGGCUCCGCCAGUGAUUCAUCCGACGAUUCACUGGAGGACAUGAUUUCUCUCUCGGCGCCGGAGCUUCCACAGCCGCCCUCGGGCGUCAUGUCUUCAAUGACCUCGGCAACACCCAGGGCCGGCGGACGACGGAUGGAUGGUAUUCAUACACCAGGCUCGGUUACAUCGAACUUCACAUCAGCUACGAUGCGACCCGGUCGUGGUGGUGGCAAGACAUUCAAGGUUGAAGGCUUGCUGCAACAGGUGCCAAACGAAGUACUCCACCCUCGUCCCCGCGACGAUGAGGAUGUCGACUCCUUCAUCUUUGUGGACAUUAGUACUCUUGCCAAGAUCGGCUGCUUUUCCGGUGACUGGGUUCGAAUUGAAGCAGCCGAGGAGCCACAGCUGAAUAUGUUUGCGUCGCUCCAGUUUGGAAGCUUCAAUGAUUCCCCCGAGGAAUCGAGUGAGUGGCGCCCUGUUAAAGUCUUUGGACUACCUGGCCUGCCCUCGCCGAAGCCUCGUUAUGCCAUCAACCCUUCUGGUGGCCGCCGUUCGAGCUUCUCGCAGCGUGCGCCCGCGCGCCUGACCCCCUCCGUCUUCGUUCCCCCACUACUCCUGAGCAACAUUGAGAAUCCCAAAUAUCUCCGCAUCUCCCCCAUGAUAUUUGCCACGACCAAUGGUGUCACGAAGCCUGGCCUUUUGCACCAGAUGAAGAACAGCGCCGCGAAGAAUCCACCUUUGGCUAAGGAAGUCACCCUUCUCAAGGUUUCUACGCCUCUUUCUAUGGAUCGAGUGCUCCAGCCAGCUCUCUUUGCCGGACUCAAGCAAUACUUCGAGUCUCGACGCCGAAUCCUGAAGAGUGGGGACCUUGUCGGUAUCAGUGUUGACGAGGGACUCGGCCGAGCGGUAUUCUCUGGAACUUCUGGUGGUGACAGUGCCCAGGAGGAUGACAUUACUGCCAGAUUAGGCCAAGGACCUACCCCCGACAACACCCAAGCCCGUAAGGUCGGUGUUGCUUGGUUCCGUGUUGGACAAGUCGCCCCGACUAGCGUUGAGGAACUCGAAGAGACCGGCGAAGAUCAGUGGGGUGGAGUGGCUGUCAUUGACCCGACAAGUACGCGUAUGGUUCAAGCCGGCAGCGAUGUGAGCCGAGUGCCUGGUAUCCUGGGUAACGGUUGGGAAUACUGGCUUGGAGCUAAGAAGAUUCCAAAGGCUAUCGGUGACGUCCCACCGCCACAUGGAAUUGUUGCCGACCCACCUCAAGUUUUCAUUCCUCCUCUGCAGCAACGAAUCCGAGACCUGAUGGCUGCGGCUACCAGUCCUCGGGCGAUUCAACUAGGCAUGAAGCCAGUUGUCAUUCUGUUGAAAUCCCAGCAAAGACAUAACGGCAAAGCAACCGUCGCAACACGGGCAUGUGCCGACGUCGGUCUGCACACAUUCCCCAUUGACGCCUACGAUAUCCUCACAGAGGGUGGGGCCAACGGUGGUGAUGUCAAGACCGAAGCAUACCUCAAGGCCAGAGCCGAGAGAGCCUUCCACUGCGGGGCCCACUGUACCGCUUUGCUGAUCAAACAUAUCGAGGUGUUGACUGCUGAUCGAAUGGUCACUGCCAUGGCCGAUAUUGUGAACGAGGCCCGAGUGAUUAUCGCCACCACAAGUGACGUUGAGGAGAUCCCAGAGGGCAUCCGUAGCAUGUUCACCCAUGAAUUUGAGAUGGGCGCUCCCGAAGAGAAGGAGCGUGAGGGUAUGCUACGCAAUGCGGUUGCUGAGCGUGGUAUCAAGCUGUCUGCCGAUGUGGAUCUGGGAACCGUUGCCCUGAAGACCGCUGCAUUGGUUGCUGGCGACUUGGUUGACGUCGUGGAGCGGGCUGCCGGAGCCCGAACGGCCCGUAUCGAGAAGCUGGCUGAGACUGCUAGCAAGCAGCUGCCAGAGUCGCAGGUCUACGUCAGGGACGUUCUAAUUGCCGGUGGAGAUGGCGCGCGGGGUGUGACCAAGGCAGACUUUGAUUUCGCUGUUGAAGCUGCCCGAAAGAACUUCGCUGAUUCUAUCGGCGCACCGAAGAUUCCCAACGUUGGCUGGGAUGAUGUUGGUGGUUUGACCAAUGUCAAGGACGCUUUGAUCGAGACUAUUCAACUGCCACUCGAGCGACCCGAGCUGUUUGCCAAGGGUAUGAAGAAGCGCAGUGGUAUUCUAUUCUACGGUCCUCCUGGUACCGGAAAGACUCUGCUCGCCAAGGCGAUUGCAACCGAGUUCUCGCUCAACUUCUUCUCCGUCAAGGGUCCCGAGUUGCUCAACAUGUAUAUCGGUGAAUCUGAAGCCAACGUGCGACGUGUGUUCCAGCGCGCUCGUGAUGCUCGGCCUUGUGUUGUCUUCUUCGAUGAAUUGGAUUCGGUUGCGCCUAAGCGUGGUAACCAGGGAGACAGUGGUGGUGUCAUGGACCGUAUCGUCAGUCAGCUUCUCGCCGAGCUGGAUGGCAUGAACGGUGGCGAGGAGAACAGCGGUGGUGUUUUCGUAAUUGGCGCUACCAAUCGUCCCGACUUGUUGGAUACCGCGCUUCUUCGCCCUGGUCGAUUCGAUAAGAUGCUGUACCUGGGUGUGUCAGAUACGCAUAGAAAGCAGGCCACUAUCUUGGAAGCACUCACCAGGAAAUUUGCUCUACACCCGGAUCUGUCCUUGGACCGAGUUGCUGAGAGUCUACCUUUGACCUACACCGGUGCCGAUCUGUAUGCCCUUUGCUCGGAUUCCAUGCUCAAGGCCAUCACUCGGAAGUCGAGCGCGGUCGAUGAAAAGAUCAAACAGCUGCCCGGCGGGCCGGUCAGCACCGCCUAUUUCUUCGAUCACCUGGCAACCCCGGAGGACAUCUCGGUCAUGGUCACCGAGGAAGACUUUCUGGCGGCGCAGGGUGAACUGGUUCCCAGUGUCAGGUAA